CCUAAUAGUGUAAAAAGUCUCUCUCUGAAAGAAAGUCAUUGAAAUUGGCCUCCAUACUGAGGAAUGGUUCAACAAACUCAUAAAUCAAAUGAUUACAGAUAUAUUUCUACUGAUUGGGUAUAGCAAAGAUGAAAAGGCAGGAGUGUCUCCCCAGCCUGUUCCAGUGUUUGGCUUUCUUUAUUGGGUGAAUUUGAAGAAAGAGAUGAGCAGUGUUCUUAGAUCAACAGCUUCUUCCAGACUGCCAAGCAGAAGCCAAGGGAACUGACCGAGGAGCUGCGCUGCUGAGGUGGCUGCCGGGAGUGGGGGUAAGUGUUCGGCACCGCCUGCUGAUCAGGGUUGAGCCGGAAGGGGGCAGUUGGCCCUGAGCAGCUCUCCUGAAGCCCCAUGGUGUUCCCUGGACUGGAGGGCUGCAAGUCAGCACCCUUCCACGUGUCCUUCAGACAAGACCUUCGUGAACCUGAGCCAGGCUGGAGCAAAGCCUUUCAGUUAUCUGCUCCCCAUCAUAUUUCGUCUUACUUUUUCCUCUCUGGGCCACUGGGGGUGGGGAUGUCAGAGGUCAGGGUUCAGGAGCUCAGGUUGGUGGGAGGGUUGAGUCCUACUCUCAGAGCACCAGGGGGUUCACUGCGGGGCAGACCCUGGGGUGUCCGAGCCUCGCCCAGAAACAGAUCCACCUCAGAGUAGAAAUGGCCUCUGGCCGGCAAUCCUGGGCAGUGUCUUCCCCUCAGUGGGUCUCCAGCUGUAACAUGGGGACCGCUUGUGUGGGAAUGAGGUCGUUGGGCUCCAGGCUCCAGGCCUCUUCUGCUGUCAGCGGUUGCUUCUGGGAGGAGUAAGACUGCUCCAUCUCUUUGAGAUGAUAGCAUUUGUUCCAUGAUGAACACUGGCCUCCUGCCUUCUUACUGAUACAUUUGUUCAUAAUAGAAUAAUGCCGGUUUUGUUUUCAGAAUUUGACCAUACUUGGGUGUUAUAUAUAGUUCCUUGAAUCCAAAGAGGAAAUUAGCUGUUGUCUUCUAUCGUCGCCUGAUGGGAAGGAAGAGCUGUCAGGGUUGAAUUCAAAGAAGGCGUGUUGCACACUGGCUCUAAGCUAGCCCUGGUUUGCUCUGGGGCAGAAGAAAACCAUAAGGAGCUCAAAGAAAACAUGGAAGUGGAAGUUGACUACCCCAUGGGGUGUUCCCCAGAGCUUCUGCUAGAUGGAGCCUUCAAUACAUUUGCAUCACUGUGGUCACAGACCCCAUUGUUUAGAGAACAUAUCGUGGCAUAUCUUGGUUGCUGGUCACGGCGCAUCCAGGAUGGGGAGAUAACAAAACAGCGCAUUGAUCCAGAACAUAAAGGUCAUCUCUAGUGCACAUAGCCAGCUAAACUGGAAAAAAGGUAAAUUAAAAAUCCAGCAAAUUUUAAAACAUGAAAAAGUUUCUCUCUUGAAAAACUGACUUCCCCGAUCUAGCAGAGCACAAACCUUCCCAGCUUUCAGUUUGGGGAAAUGAGUAAGUAACCUGAACCCAAGCGGAGAGUCAGUCAUUUUCUGCUUCUUACUUCUAUCAAAAAACCCCACUUGAACUCAGCGUGCGUAGAUGGGCGAGGAACAGACUUGGUGUUCACAGGAAGCCACGCGCCCUUCAAAGGCACCUGUCUGUCUUAGCGCGCUGCUUCUCGAGCAAGUCGGGCACUGCCUCGCAGACCUGCCUUGGAGCCGCUUUCAGAAAAGCGAGGUAAGGGGGCAGGUGGUGUGGGCGCUUGGAUUCCCGGACCCUGAGCUGCUCUGCCCGCAGGUGUGUGGGGUUGGGAGCGCUGAACGCUGCCCAGGUGGACAGCCAGCCGAUGACUUGGGCAUCCCGGUCACUCUGCUGGUUCAUCCUAGAUGGCACCUGUCCUUACGGCUCACACACAGCCCUCCCAGCCCUCAUCUGACUGGCUCUCCCAGGCUUAACAGUGCUCUCCUCCCGCACACAUCUGGCCUAAGCCAUGUGCUCAGAGCUCACAGUUAAUUUUCAUUCACCAUAUAUACUUUUCCACUUCUGGCUUCUGUCAAGACUCCCGGCUCAAGAGACACCAGUCAAAUAAGGGCUGCCGAAUAAUUCCAGACAUUUACCAGCUGUGUCGACUUCUGUUUCAUCUCCUGAUAAUUUCCUAACACCUCAGCCUCUCUUAUUCCUUUCAUGUUCACUGGUAAAAUGAUGGCGGUAGACCAGAAUUGUUAUUUGUUUAAUUGGAAUUGAUAAUCACUUAACACAAUUUUUUUUUUUUUUUUUGAGAACCUGCGAUGCCCCAGGUUUUCGGCAUCCCUUUGCAGGAAUAAAUCAAAACUUCUCUGUUGAGAAACAUGUAGUUUGGGUGUUUGGGUGUGUGGUGGUCAGAGUGGGAGAUGGGGAAUGUAUGUGGAAUUAUUGAGCGAUGUGAUAGGGCUUUGAUUAAGAAUAUCAGGGUGCCUCUAAGAAGGAUGCAAGGAGAGGUGGCCUUGAGGCAGAAAGCCUCCUGCACUGCUCUGACUCACAUGUGGACAUGUGCGUAACUUUCAGAAGGUCUUAACCUCUUCAUCUGCCAAUUUAGAUAGGAAAUGAGGGUGGUUGAGCGUGUGUGUAAGGUUAAGACUGUAACCUCAUCUGCCAGUUUAGAUAAGAAAUGAAGGUGGUUGGGAAGGUAGAGAUUUUAUUUCUGGCUAUGAGGUGCCUUUUCUAGAUCUAUCCUGCUAAUUGCCACUCUGAUGGCAUUCGUGCAUAAAAUUGAUCUUUAUAUGCAGUUCUGAUGAAAAGACCAGAAAUUUCCCUCAACUUACCCAACUGAAUACUGCCCCCUUUCAUAGGGCCUGGAAAAACACAUUUGCUGCUUUAGUGUCAGACUGGCCCGGGAGUGGCCAGCCACGCAGCCUGGGAGUCCAGCUGUGUCCCAGGUUCUUCUGGUUGGGCUCUGACCUGCCUUGAGGAGCCUGUAAAUCUGAAAAUGAACCCCACGGAUACAGCAGACACCACCCUGGAUGAAAGCAUCUAUAACAGUUAUUAUCUCUAUGAAAACCUCCCCAAGCCUUGCAACAAGGACGGAAUCAAGGCAUUUGGGGGGCUCUUCCUGCCCCCACUUUACUCCUUGGUCUUCCUCUUCGGUCUGCUUGGAAAUUCUGUGGUGGUCUUGGUCCUGUUCAAGUACAAGCGGCUCAAGUCCAUGACUGACGUGUACCUGCUCAACCUUGCGAUCUCAGACCUGCUCUUCGUGCUCUCGCUCCCUUUCUGGGGCUACUAUGCUGCAGAUCAGUGGGUGUUCGGGCUUAGCCUCUGCAAGCUCAUUUCUUGGAUAUACCUGGUGGGCUUCUACAGUGGCAUCUUCUUCAUCACACUCAUGAGCAUCGAUAGGUACCUGGCCAUCGUGCACGCCGUCUUCUCCCUGAGAGCCAGGACCUUGACGUACGGCGUCAUCACCAGUGUGGCCACGUGGUCAGUGGCUGUGCUCGCCUCCCUCCCAGGCCUCAUGUUCAGCACGUGUUAUACUGAGCGCAACCACACCUACUGCAAAACCAAGUACUCUUUCAACUCCACGCGGUGGAAGGUCCUGAGCUCCCUGGAGAUCAACAUCCUGGGGCUGGUGAUCCCUCUGGGGAUCAUGCUGUUCUGCUACUCCAUGAUCAUUAGGACUUUGCAGCACUGCAAAAAUGAGAAGAAGAACAAGGCAGUGAAGAUGAUUUUUGCUGUGGUGGUCCUCUUCCUGGGUUUCUGGACCCCUUACAAUGUGGUGCUCUUCCUGGAGACCCUGGUGGAGCUGGAGGUCCUUCAGGACUGCACGUUUGAGCGACACCUGGACUAUGCCAUUCAGACCACAGAGACCCUGGCUUUUGUUCACUGCUGUCUCAAUCCUGUCAUCUACUUCUUCCUGGGGGAGAAAUUUCGCAAGUACAUCGUACAGCUCUUCAAAACCUGCCGGGGCACUUUGGUGCUCUGCCAAUACUGUCGAUUCCUCCCAAUGUACACUGACACCCCCAGCUCAUCUUACACACAGUCCACAGUGGACCAUGAUCUCCGCGAUGCUCUGUAAAAACUGAAAACGCAAGAAACAGUUAAUAAGCUUCCCAAGUUGAGAGCUUAUUUAAAAUUGCAUCAAAGUAACAGUUUCCUGAACAAGCACAGGGGAGAAGAAUUACAUCCACUGCAAAAAGCAGGGCUUCUCACCUGGAAGUCACGUUUUCUUCCUGCCAAGCACAAGUUCAGUGUGACCAGAGUUCCCCUGGACCGAGGCAUCCUUCCUUGCUGCACCAGGCUUUCCUGCAGGGAUGAAUGAACCUGAGACAGUCCUGAGCAUGUUUCAGUGAGGAGAGAGAUGAUUUUGGAAAGGGAAGUCUAUUCCCUUCCAACCUGAACUCGUGGGAUUCUUUUUUUUUUUCAUGGCAUUCUUUAGAGGGGUUUGUAGAGCAUUGACUGGGGGAGUAAAGCGCUAAUUCUUGCUGUGAAAAUGAGGCCUUUAAACUUUUACUAGCUUCUGUGAAACAAUAUAGAAAAACUUUGGCUUACUGUCCCAGUGGUUUCCUAAUCAUAUAUCUGAAGCACAGUGUACUCCAUGAAGCCAGGUGUCUGCAGAAACGAAUAGUAAAGGCAUGAAACUAGAUCUGGAUUCUUUUAUUGUGAAGGAUUAUUUGUUAAUGAAAGCCCACCAAUGCUGAGAACAAGUAUAAGCUUAAGAGGGCGUUAGAAUGGUCUGAUUUCUAAACAUGAAAUGCAAGGCAUUAACAAAUCUAAAUAUAAGUUGUGGAAAUUCAAACACAGUUUCAUAUGCUUGUGGUGUGUUUUAUUUUCAUUAAUACAUGAGUAUUCAAAUUUAAGAAAUAAUACAUAGGCCCAGAUACAUUUAUUUGGGGUCCUUUACUCAUUUACAAGCAUUUCCUUCAAAACCAAAAAUUACAAGGACUAAUCAAGUAAGACAUAGCUUCCUUAAUUAUGUCAAAGUGCCUGGCAUCAAGUAAGGCAAAAAUAAUCCACUAAAAGUUAAUGCUGAUAUGGCAUAAAAAUGACUUCCAAAAAAUUUGGAAUUGUGAAAAGUGUCAUCUUUUAAAAUAUUGGCCCUGGUUUUUAACUUUUGGAUGAAUCAAAAUUUCAGUCAGUCACUUCUUACAAGUCAUUCUAAUUAUGUAAUUAGUCAUUAAGAGAAAUCUCUGUUCUUACAGCCUUAAUCAGAAUUAAGACUUACAAAGUCUAAGGAUAUCUGUAAUUGCUCCAAAAACAAAGCCUAUUUUGCAAACUAUUACCUGAGUUAACCAGUUUAAAAUGCUUCUGUAAAUUUACACAUUAUUGCAUGCUUUCCAUUUAUAAAGAAUGCAUUUCCAAAAAAUUUAUUUUCAGAACAGUUGACAUUGCCUUUUUAGAAAUACAAUAAAAGACAAUAAAUAAACCUGUGCAUAGUUUUUUCCUGGUUAUGUGUAUGUUUGGUCUCCCACUGGGGAUGAGCAUCUGAGCCACUAAUGUUCCAAUUGUCUGGCUUGAUCAUCUUUGCUACAUGUUAUAGAAGAGAUCCAUGUUCCCGAGAGGAAGAAUUAAAGGCUUCAGUGUUAAGAUAACCACUUGGGAUGGAGAAAGGAGUCACUACUCAUCGUCACAAAAGUGCCUGGGGAUGAGAGUGGAUGAAGAGUGGGGACAGGAGGGGUUCCUGGGCAGUCCUUACAGAACGCCCACAUGACAUGGCAGGGUCUGUAAAUUGUACUUCUGUGUUUCCUUGUGCGUCUGAGCCAUUACUCUCCUCUCUUAGCCUUGGUUUCCUCUUAUCUGUAAAGCAGAAUAGAGUUCAGAGUGAUUGAAAAAGAAGAUGACUACUCAAAGUAUCUAUGUUCCUUGGUCAUAAAGUGUGGUUUUGAACUUCCCAGCCAGUGCCUGCCUCUCCUUUCCUCUUAGAGCUUGCAGUUUCAUUCAUUUAAUCAGGAGGAGACAGAAAUGUAAGGACACCAAAAGACAAAGACUAACCAACAGGGUUUUACUGUCCCUUUAGUGUCCAUCACAUCUAAUGCUCACCGAGGCUGCAGACCACAAAACUCUUGUGCCCCAUCUGAGGAUGGGGUCACCUAUCACCUCCAGUACCUCAGGGCCCCCCUUGCUCCAAAGUUGGGAGCUGUCCCCUCAGGAUGGGAAUUCAGAACCUCUGGUGAUACCCAAACAACCCUCUCAGAUCACUGGAAAGAAAGUUCCUUCCCCUUCAGUAACAAACGUAGAAAACCCAGCUUGAU